UCUUUUAUUUAAUGUAUUUUUUUAUAUUUUAUUUUUUAUUAUUCUUUGAUACAAUUUAAUUCUGAUAUUUUAGGUGCAUCCGUACAGUAGGAUAUUUUAAACAUGGAACCACUUUUCUGGUAUUCUGUCUAUAUAACUCGCAGCGGCCAGAAACCCAAGCCAGUCUCGCCGGCGGCCUUGCUUCAACCCUCCGGCGACGGCCACCGACGAUGAUGAUCGGUUACGAAGACAAUCUAUUAACCGAGAUCUUCAUAUGGCUGCCUCCAAAAUCGCUCAUCAGAUUCAAACUAGUCUGCAAACAAUGGCUUUCUUUGAUAUCCAGUGACUAUUUCUCUCGAAAGCACACUCUAAACAAUAUCCAUCGUUCAAGAACAACCGAUCCUUCUAUCCUCCUCCGCCUUGAAUCGAAUUACUUUUACCUUCACGAAAAAAAAUUAACCCCGUACCAAUUUUCUCUAUCUCUAGUCGAGCCAACUGUCUCGGGCUUUUCCAACGGCCUUUUUUUGCUCCAAUGUUCGAAAACCAUAAAGUAUCCUCUUGACGAAUGCUUUAUCUACAAUCCCACCACAAAAAAAUCCCGAAAAAUUGAACUCAACGAUAACAACAGAUACAAAUCUGUGAUCGGGCUCAAUCUUGUGGCCGAUCCUCACAAUCCGUCUGAUUACAAGAUUGUAUGUGUUAGAUGUACGAGAAGACGAUCAUCUAGCUCAUGGUGGCGUUGGUGGCGAUUUUGCCAGGUGGAGGUUUAUGAUUCGUUAGAUUUUUCUUGGAAGGCGUGCGGUGAGCCUUUCUGGGCUCCGAUGGAUGUGGAUUUUAAUCGAGGGGUAUAUUUAUACGGUUGUGUUCAUUGGCAUGGAUUGUUCUUUUAUCUCGACGGAGGUUUUUUGGGGGACCACCCGAAUAUCGAACUCCCGAAUGAUAAUAACGGAGUCGAGAAAUUCGAGAGGAGUUAUUUAGAAUCGUGCGGGUAUCUUCAUUGUGUGGUACAUUUUGUUAAUAGUAAUAAUAAUAGUGUGAUUGUGUUCGAAUUGGAAAGUGAUUUUUCCGGGUGGUUGUUGAAGUAUAGUGUUGAUCUUGGUGGAAUUCCGAGUCGAGUUACUGUGCUCGGUUUCGUUAGGGGGGAGAAUGAAGAAGAGGAUUGUUCGUUGGUUUUUCACGAGCCGGGUAAAGUUGUGGCUUUCGGGCCUCGGGCGAAGAGUAGAAACGAGCUCGUUGAUUUUAGGGACGAGGUGUUUUAUGAGGAGGGUUGUUUGCAGUUUGUUUCGAACUUCAGUUUUCAGUUCACUGGGACUCUGGCUCCUGUUUGAUGGAUGUGAAAAGCAGCUCUUUUGGGGUAUUUGUGUAUUUAUUUAUACUUCCGUUNUGAAUAAUGUUGCUAAGUUAUAUAUGGUUAUGGUGAUUGGUGUAGUUUUAUUGAGCCUGCUAAAAUGAUCUUUUGUUGCUGUGUGUGUCAGUGUUUGUAAUUGUGGCAGGUGAUUUUGAUGUUGUUUGUGCUGUGGUUCUGUUGAUUAAAACUUUUUGGAGUGUAUUUUUCAAAAUGGACCAAUUUUAUGCAGGAAAAUUCAGUUCUUUUCGCUAUGCUUGGGAAAAAAAAUAUCUAAAUUUAUGUUCAACCUUAAAGGUUGUUUUUCUAAUUUUUUUGGGUUUUAAUGCCU